AUGACCAGCGACAGCAGAAAGAAAGAUUUUGUGGUGUCUACAGACCCCGAGGUUCAACUCGUAUCUCGCGAGGUUGGUAGAUGGAGGAUACUCUCAAACAUCCCACGAAAGGUCUGGGGGGAUGACCCACGAGAGCGGAAAUAUGUUCGCAAGUUGGACACCUUCCUCUUCUCUUACGUACUUCUUGGGUAUUUCAUCAAGUACCUCGAUCAGAAUAACUACAGCAAUGCGUUCGUCAGCGGCAUGCAAGAGGAGCUUGAUCUUUACGGCAAUGAGAGAAAUCUUCUGAACACAUACUUCAACAUGGGUAUCAUCUUGGGUACUAUACCAGCCCAGAUGAUCCAGUUAAAGUAUGUUCGUCCGUCGAUUUGGAUACCGGCGUGUGAACUCGGGUGGUCUGCCUUGACAAUGGUCAUGGCAAGUGCCAAGAGUGUGGAGACGGACCGUGCAUACGGCAUGGAGCGCAUCAGGAACAUGGGUCGCAAACCACCAUCAAAGCUAACUCUGAAGGCUAUCAGGGAGAUAUACACCUCGUGGCAGCUUUGGGCUUUCAUACUUCCGUAUCUCAUGGUGGCAGAAGCAGGGUCUGGCACCGGGUACUUUAACCUCUUUCUCAAGUCUGAGGGUUACAGCGUCGUUAAGACGAACAUCCUCCCGACGAUAGGAAACGCCAUCCAGAUAGUCGCCGCGUUUGCCAUGGGUUGGCUUUCGGAUUCCACGAGUAGCCGCGUCCUGACGGUCGUGUUCGUGCAGGCAAUGGUGCUUGUCUCGAACGUCAUCCUGUCGAUAUGGAACGUUCCCAAGGCGGCCUUAUUCGCGGCCUUCUAUUUGAGCUAUACCGGCGGUGCGGCUCAGCCGAUUGUCAUUAGCUAUGGGCACGAGAUCACGCAAUCAAAUGCGAACCUCCGACAGCUGCUGGUAGCUACGGGCAACAUCUUCACCUACACCUUUAGUGCUUGGAUGCCCGUUGUGCUAUUUCCAACAUACGACGCCCCCAAGUACAAGUAUGGUUACCAAGUACUCAUUCUCUUCGGUGGGCUUGCCGUCGCGGGCAUGUAUCUGCUUGACUUCCUCUACAAGCGGGACUUGAAACACAACCCACAGCUUUACGAGGUUGAGCAGCAAUCCGAGAACGAUCGGCUUACGUCAGACAGACGUGGCGAUGAUGGCUUGAUGCUCAGGGGGGAUGACUUUGAGAGCCGCUACGGAACCGUCGCAAACGUCGAUGCAUCACUCAGGGCGAAGUAG